UCCAACCACCGGUGUGCCCCGUGCGGGUCAAUCCAUGCAACCGCCGGUCAGCUCCUUGCGCGGCAACUGCCGAUCGUGGAGGUCGUGGAGAUUACCACCUCCUGCACAAAAUGCUCAAAGCCCCCUCCCCACCCUUGUUCUCCCCUCGUCUCCCAGUCACCUCUCUCAAAUCCGGCGACUGGACCAGCUGCUGCCGCCACCGGGAAACCUCCGACCACAGAAUAGGUCAGACGCCGCCGGCAGUGGCCACGCUGCUGCGCCGUCCAUCUUGCUCGUCGCCCACCAGAAGACAGGAGGGCGUGCACAGGACGUCUUCCUCCUCCUUACGCCGCAUCUUUGGACGAAGAAGUGUGGAGGGCGGUGGCUCCAGGGGCAGUGACCAUCGCGAGGAGGCGACUGCAGGGUACACGAAGGAGUUCUACUUCCACAACCUGCUGCUCGAAUCCUAUUCCUUCUACUGGUUCAGGAGAUACCUGACCAAGGUUUUCAUUAUUGGCCACAUUAUCUGGAUGAAGUUAAGUUAGCAACAAAGUUAGUAGGGACCCUAUCUCUCUGCCGCUGAUAGCCUGCCAAGCAUUCAAC